GAACAGAACGGUAAGAACAGUCAUUUGUAACAGGAAAAAAAAGACCUUUGGAAAUCAAAGAAGACCAAAAAGGAGCUCAAAAUGACCCACACAGGGGAGAGACCAUAUAAAUGUAUGGAGUGUGGAAAGAGUUUCAAUCGGAGUGGACACUUAACUUCACACCAGAGGAUCCACACCGGUGAGAAACCAUAUAAGUGCACGGAAUGUGGCAAGAGCUUCAGUUACAGUGGAUCAUAUAUUAUACAUGAAAGAAGUCACACAGGGGAGAAACCCUACAAAUGUAUGGUGUGUGGAAAGACUUUCAGUCAGAGCGGACACUUGCAUAAACAUCGAAGGACCCACACAGGGGAGAGACCGUAUCAGUGCCUGGAAUGUGGGAAAAGCUUCAGUGACAGUUCAUCGUAUGCUAAACAUAGAAGAAUCCACACAGGGGAAAAACCAUAUACAUGUCUGGAAUGUGGGAAGAGCUUCAGUCAGAGUGGAUCAUAUACUAAACAUCAAAGGACCCACACAGGUGAGAAACCCUAUAAAUGCAUGGAAUGUGGAAAAAGCUUCAGUGACCGUGGAUCAUAUACCAAACAUCAAAGAACCCACUCAGGGGAGAAGCCCUAUAAAUGUGUGGAAUGUGGGAAGUGUUUCAGUCAGAGUGGACACUUACAUUUACAUGAAAGGACCCACAGAGGUGAGAAACCCUAUAAAUGCAAGGAAUGUGGGAAGAGCUUCAAUUACAGCGGAUCAUUUAUUAUACAUCAAAGAAGCCACACAGGGGAGAAACCCUAUACGUGCAUUGAAUGUGGAAAAAGCUUCAGUCAGAGCGGACACUUACAUAAACAUCAAAGGACCCACACAGGUGAGAAACCCUAUCAGUGCCUGGAAUGUGGGAAGAGCUUCAGUGACAGUUCAUCUUAUGCUAGACAUCAAAGAAUCCACACAGGGGAGAAACCGUACACGUGUCUGGAAUGUGGGAAGAGCUUCAGUCAGAGUGGAUACCUACUUUCACAUGAAAGGUCCCACAGAGGAGAGAAAGCCUAUAGAUGCAUGGAAUGUGGCAAGAGCUUCUGUCGGAGAAGUGAUCUGUGUUCACACCUAAUGACCCACACAGGUUAGAAACCCUAUCAACGCAUGGAAUGUGGGAGGAGCUUCCUUCAUAGCAGAAAGCGGAGUUCACAUCAAAGAACCCUUAGAGAUGAGAAGUUGUAGAAAUGCAUGGAACUUGGAAAAACAUUUAGCUAGAUAAAUAGCCUUCCCUCCUCUGAAGCAACCCACAGAGAAUGGAAACGAUGCUAUGGCUUGACCUCAGCUCCUCCCCACAUCUGAUGUGUUAUGCCGGGUUAACUGUUUCGGGCUUUAUCCUCAUUCAAUGCAGAUGGCAUGAUGUGCAACGCAUGAUGCAUCCAACAUAACAUCAAGGAUUGUGUGCCCACGGGUAUGAUGUGGCAUCAGCUUUCAUGAGACCAUGAUAGGCAUCCUUCAGUCUUGAGAGACUAUGGUAACAUGCUCUGAAUAGAGGUCUUGGAA